CUUUCGCUUUCUUUAUUUUAUAAUUUACUUUCUCUAACGCUUUCCCCUUAUUCCCUUCAAAUCGCUUUAUAAAAGAAGCUUGUGAUAGUUACACAACCUUCUUUACAUAUCUUAUAACAAAUAAAUAUCUUUAUGUUUCUUUUAAUAUAAAGUAAUUUGAAUUAAUCCUUGGUGUGAGAUUAGAACUCUCAAAAUUCCUUGCUGCGGUUCGAAAUUGGAAUAAUGGAUAAUUCAAAAGAAUUUUCAAUAGAUGUAGAUGCGGAAGAAGAAUUGCCUAUUACUUCAAAUAUUUCAGAUAAACCAGAUAAAUCCCCUCGAGAAUCUCAAAUUCUAAAACCUGAUAAUACUAAAAAGUCCUUAUUCGCUACAAUAAAAUCAUGGUAUGAACCAACGUACGUAAAAUCAUUAGACGCUCCAACCCAAGAGAAACCUAAAUUACGUUAUUGUAAUGGUCGAUUAACGAAACGAAGAUUUAUUAUUUAUCAUAUCUUAAUAAUAUCAUUCUUCUUUACAAUAAUAUUUGCUCCAGUUGCUUAUUAUUUAAUCAUACCAGCUUUUAUAAGAUAUAAAGUACAACAUGUUGAUCUAAAUGAAAUAUCAAUUGAUCACAUGGAUGUUUUAGAAUGGAAAUCUGACGGACUAAGAUUUUCUUGGAAAGCUACUUUACCAAAACAAUUUUUUCUUCCUUUAAAAACAAAAUUAGCCGCUUUAGAUUUAACGAUUCAUGACGCAAAUUCAAAUAGUUUAUUAGUUAUUGGUAUACCCGAAAUGGAAGUUAAUAUAGGAGAACCUAUCACACUAAACUUUGAAGGUGAUGUUUCUUUUAAGGAAACUAGUGGAUUAAAAAAUUUCUUAGGAGAAAUUUCUAAACCUGAUGGUAUAAGUGAUACUUCACUUUCUGCUGACACUCAAAUUACUGUAAAUAUGUGGGGUAUAACUUGGUAUAAGAAUUUAAACAUUAAACGUACUAUUCCUAUACCUAAAAUGAGUGGUAAUUUACUUGAUCUUUGGAACACAAUGCCCAAAUUUUUAAUUUCCAAAGAUAUGCAAAGUAUGACGUUGAACCAACAAUCAAGUGAUACCGUUAUUGAAAUUGGAGGCGUUAAUGUGACUAACGUAAAUAAACCGAUUGUAAUAGAUGGAGUUAGUUAUUGGCAAAUCCUUCCUGGCUUUCCACCAAUCAAUUUACAAUCAUUUGAUAUUGCGUUUACAAAUGAAGGACCAAAUAUUUCAUUAAAAGCAGCGUUGAUAAAUCCAACAGUUCUCUCAAUACCAUUACCUGAUACAUCCAUUGGUUUACAAUUAGAAGAUUCAUAUUUAGCAACAACAUCUGUUAAUGGAUUCAAUUUAACAAGAGGAUUAAAUAAUAUUGACUUGAAUUUAAAAUUAACUUUCGAUCCAAGUAGAAUUGUAAGUCCAAAUCAAUUAAGUAAUUCAAUAUCUCUAGCAGCAGGAAAAUUACUUGGAAUAAGUCAAUCAAAUGAUCAAUUAAGAUUUAAUGUUAUCGGACCAGUUGGACUUAAAGGUGUUGAUUUUAUUGGAGAUGCAACAGAAAAGUUAUCUUUAACAUUACCAAUAAAUGAAAUUAUUAAUAAUACCAAUGUUAUGCUAUUAAAAAAUUUGUUCGAUGUUAAAGGAAUUGAAAGUUUAUUACACACGAUACAUUUUGAUGUUAAAAUACAACAAGAUAGAAUAAUUAUUCCUGUUGAUAUCUCAUUACCAAGUUUUCUUCCUUUACCACCAAGCUUAGAAUUUAAAUAUAAUACAUCACUUGGAAUAUUUAAGGGAGAACAAAAUGCUCUUACAGUUAAUUUAGGUGGAAUUUCGAUGACAAAUAAUGAAACCUUAAAUAUUGUAACUUCGGUAACAAUAUUCCCAAAUAAUACUUUUGAGGCAGCUGGUGCAUUAGCUUCAAUUGUUAAUCCUUCAUUAUCUGGUAAUAUUUCCAGUGCAGAUAUAAAAAAUUUUUCAAUUUUCAAUGAAACAGGAGGAACAUUUCCUUGGGCUAAUGAUUUAUUCGGAGGCCUUUCUCUUAAUAUUCCGAUUCCCGGAUUUAAUACUACUACAAUAAUUAACAUGCUAACUCAAAAUGGUACAAGCAUUCCAGCGGAAAUGCUUGGAAUGAGAUUGACUCAACGAAGUGACGUAGCUGGAUUCAAUGUCAAUGGAACAGUUGCUAUUAAAUAUCCUCCAUUCCUUCCUAUUAUAACUAUUGGUACUGGAUAUCUAGAAUCAACCAUUUUUACUGAUGAUGUAUUAUUAGCUACCGCAAAAUUACCUAAUGGAAUAUUUUAUACUGCUGGAGAGAAUUCGACUAAUAUUGUUGCUUCCGCUAUAUUAAAUAAAGAUGAUAGAUUGAAAUCAAUUAUUUCGCAAUUAGUCAUGAGUGUUUUAGAAACGGAAGAUAAUGUUAAAAUGCCAAUUAUUGGUAUUAGCGGACUUAAGAUGGGUGCAAGUGAGACUUUAAGUUUUGUUACAUUUAGCCAAAUUUUAGUACCUAUUAAUUUAGCAACGUUAAAACCAGCAAUGAAAACAACUAUAGGAACAAUAUCACAAUCAAUUCAAAAACAAGUUGGAUUGUUAUCAUUAACAGGAGUCGAUUUUGCCAUCGUUACAUCAAAUUCAUUAUCAAUUAAUUUACAAACUAUUCUUAAUAAUCCAAUGAAUAUAAUAGCUGAUAUUGGAUCAGUAUCAUUUACGACAACAUUAUUUUAUGGUGAAUUGGCCAAUAUAACUUUAUCACCUAUUCAAUUAGCAAUAGGAAGAAAUCCAUUUAAUUUACAAAUGCGUAUUGAUAUUGUUGAUGGUAAAAAUGGAAUGUCAGAUAACAUUUUACAAUUGUUUAAAGAUUUAACUAGUACUGAAGGUGAUUUUAGAUCAAUCAUCGGAAUCAAAAACUUUAUCAUUGCUCCUCCUCCUCCCACUACUCAAGAUGGUAACGUUAACGUUACAUUAGCUACUAUUGAUCAAUUUUCCUCAGCACAAAUUACGGUUCCUUCUUCACUUGUCCCAGCCGAAAAUUUAAGAUCCAUUAAUGUAAUUGAAAUGAUCAAAAAUCCAAAAAACGGUAUUAUAGAUAUAUCCGGAAUAUUACCAACAUCAGAAACUACUUUUACCCUUCCUACGAUCAAAAGUGUUUCAAUUGAAACAAAAGAAAAUGCUCAAUUAUUAAUUGGAACAACAUUCAGUUAUAUUAAUCCAUUACCUAUUAGUGCCAAAGUUCCUUAUUUUGGUGCUACCGUUAUAUUAGAUGGAAAUAAUUUUAUCACAUUUGGUAUUACACGAAUUGAUUUGGAAAGAAAUCAAGGAAAUAUGGAUAUUUCGUUAGCUAUGUCAUUUGAUAAUUCUGAUGGAACUAAAUCUGCAGUUAAUGAAUUCUUAAAAAAUAUUUUGAAUGGAGAAGUUAAACAAAAGAUUGAAAUAAGCGGAAUAUAUUUUGGAGGACCGAAUGAAAAUCCAAACGAUUUAAUGAAUUUACUUAAACUUCCAUUACCAACAGAUUUAGUAGAUAUUAAUUCAAUUAAGAAUAAAGUAAUCGAAUUAUCACCAAUCAAGUUACCACUUAGUUUAGAUCAAUUAUUAUCAUCUCAAUUCAUGCCACAAUUAAAAUCAGUUGAUAUUUCUACUUUACCUAAUAGAGUAUUGUCGUUAAAAGUUGGUGCUCAAUUAAACGUACCAUUUGAAGUUAGUGCUAAUAUUGGUUAUGUUGGUGUCAAAGGAAUUACAUUGGAUGAUAAACAAUUUACAUCUGUUGACAUAACUGGAAUUCAAACAAGUGGUGCUGGAAUCAAUUAUGUUACACUAGGGAUUCAAUUAGCAUUCAGUGAUGAUGAAUCUAUUCAAAAAUCCGUUAAAAGCAUUUAUGAUUCUUUAAUUAAUGUUAAUUUUAUUUCAACAAAAGGAGGAAUUAACGGAGUUUCACUUGGAAUAUCAGCAGAUGAUUCCAUCCGUACGUUUGAAAAAAUUUCUCUUUCAACAGAAAUUGGAAACUUAAUUACAGGACAAUUAAAUUUAAAUGGAAUAAUAGAUUCAAUGUUAACAAAUGUUGGUAAUAGUAAUAAUAUAAUAACAGCGGGUCAAGGUUCUAUAACAGUUAAUAUUCCAAAUUUAGCUCAAAUAGUUAUAGGACAAUUAGGAAUUAAAUUUUUACCAGGAAAAAUGAUCGAAAUUAAAAUGGUAUCAACUAUUACUUUAUCAUUCACAUUAACAAUGAAUAUCGGAUUUGCUGGCGUAGGAAUAUUUUUGGACGAUUUAUCUGCUUUCGAUAUUCGAGUAGCUGCUGCAAGUGAAGGUCAAGUUGUUUCAAUAGCUUCUUCGGUAAAAGUCAAUGAUUCUGAUGAAUUAGCUGAUAAACUUGGUGGUUUGGCCAAAAGUUUCUUUGAUAAUACUCCACUAACAGGAAAUUUAGCGAUUAAAAACCCUUUUAUUGGUGCUUCAAAUGAUGAUGUUAUUAGAGCAUUUUCAUUAAUUUCUUUAGAUCUAUCAUUAGAAAAAUUAGUUACACCUUUAAUUAAAAAUUUACCAAAAUCAAUUGAUCCAAUAACUUUAAUAGAUCAAAUUGGUUUCAAAUUGAAUGCAUUAGGAAUUGAUACAGCUCCUCAACAUAAAAUAUUAGCAAAUGUUCAAGCAUCAUUUAAUAAUAAUUUCCCAGUUACAAUUGAUAUUGGAUUUGUUGAAUUAUCAUUAGGAUUAGAUUUAGUUAAUUUUGUUGAUGCAAGUUUAUCUGAUUUAUCGAUAGGUUCUGGUGCUAAUAAUGGACUCUCUAUAAAAUCAAGUUUAGAUUUUCAACCAUCUAAUGAUCAAGUUCAAGAUAAAAUUGCUUCAUUUGUCACCUCUUUACAACAAAAUGGUUUGGGGAAAACGAAUGAAUUAUUUAGUGUUAGUGGAAUCAAAAUUGGACCUUCACCUAAUGAAUUUAUUAAAUCUUUCGAAAAAGUUGUUGUAGGAAUCCCAAGUUCUUUAAUUCUUAAUCAAGUAGUUGUUGAAAAAUUAUUAGGAAUGGCAGGACUUUCUUUAACUGAUUUGACAAUUGAAGGAAUGUUAAAUAGAUUAAGUAUUGGUAAUGUUGCUGUUGAUAUGAAUCCAAAUGGUCAAGAAUUAGCUAUUAAAGGAAAUGUAGGGAUUAGUAAUAUUUCACUCCCCCUAAAUGUUAACAUGGGAAUACUUGAAUUAUCAGUCGCGUUAAAUGCAUCACCACUUACAAGAGUAAUUUUACCGGAUGUUAAAAUAGUUUCUUCUAAUAAUGUUAUUUCAACGGAUUUUACUGUCGCAUUAAUUUUCCAAGAUUCAGAUGGAUUAGAAGAUGAAGUAGCCGCAUUAGCUAAAUCAUUAAUUGAAGGAAACAAUGGUACCGUCAUUCCAGGAAAUGCGAAUAUUAAUGGAUUAUUAUUUGGUAGUUCAAAUUCUGAUAAGGAUAUUAUAAAUACUUUUAGUAAGGUAUUAAUUUCACUCCCGUUAAAUCCAAUAUUACAACCGAUUAAAGCAAUGAUCACUAAUAUAGUUAGUGGAUUUAUUGAUGGUACUGGAGCUGUUAAACUUACAUUAGAUGAUGUAAGUGUCGGAAUCAAGAAUUCAAAUACUUUAACUACUGACAUCGUGGCUGAUUUAACUGGAUUACCUCAAAUAUCUCUUAAUAUUCCAUUCGCUAGUGUUGAUGUUUCAAUUAAUGGUGGACUUUUCGUAUCAACUGUUAUAAAUGGAAUGAAAUUUGAAGGCAAUCGAUUUACAACUUCAGUUGAAUUAGGAUUUCAAGAUAAUAAACAAAUUGCUAAUCAAUUGGCCGUAAUUAUAUCAGAUCUAGUAUUUAGAAGGUUAACAUAUACAGUAUCAUUACCAGUUGGAAUAAAUAAUUUAAUAUUUGGACCUUCUCCACAAAAAACUUUUGGUUUAACAAGAAAAAUCUCAGUAGGAAUGGAUGUAGGAAAAUUCAUUAAUCAAUUCUCAGAUUUUAAUCAAAAGAAUAAUUUAAUUACCUUAGAAAAUAUUCAAGGACAACUUACUCAACAAGGUGUUGAAGCUAUAGUUACUUCUCCUGCUAUCCCUAAUUUACCGUUGAACCUUAAUAUUCCUUCAUUGUUAGCUCAAGUAUUUUUCAAAGGUGUAUCUGGUGGUAUAUCUAAAGCUGCUGUUAAACCAAAUGUUAAAAAAGGUCAAGCUAAAUGGGAAUUUGGUCUUACAGUACUUGUUGAUAAUGGUCCAAUGUCUCAAGCUCUUGAAACAGCUGUUCCUAAUUUACUUUCGUUCAAAUCAUAUACUGAUGGUGCUUCCCUCGGAGGUGUAAUACUUUGUACUUCGGAUGAUUGUUUAAAUCCUCCAGAUAAUUCAUUUAAAAUAUUUAAUGAAAUUAAUUUCGUACCUCCACCAUUAUUCUUAUUUAAUCCAAUUAAUGUAGAAUUAACUAAAAUAUUCCCAACACUUGGACUUAAUACUUUAUUUACAAAUACUGGACCCCUUCACGUUGAUAUUGGUAAUUUCGUAUUAUCAUUACAAAGUAGUGGUACAUCAAUAUUUGAAGUAUCAUCACCUCAACCUGUUAUAAUACAAAAUAAUUUAGAAAAUGCUGGUAAAAAUGUUAUACCAGUAGAAGGGAAAUUAACUUUAGAUCCAUUACAAAUACCUAAAUUAUUAUUAGAUUUAGUUGAUUUAGAAAAAGAUUUUGCUAUCGUUUUACAAGUUAAUAAGAAUGGUGAUCCAAUUGGAUGGUUAAACGAUUUAUUGAAAAAUUUACCACAAACCGUCAUAAAAAAUCUUUUCCCCAUUUUACAAGGAUUAUUAAAAAACAUUAGUAUAGGUAUCGAUUUAAAUAAUAAGAAUAGUACUGUUCCUAUUGGGGAUGGAAAAACAAUUAACGGAACUGUUCCUAUUGGUGAUGGUAAAACUCCUCCACCAAAUGGUGAUGGUAAAGUUCCUGAUGGUAAAGCUCCUGAUGGUAAAAUUCCUGAUGGUAAAGUUCCUGAUGACGGUUCUCCUAAAAUCCCUCAAGGAGAAGUACCAAAACAACCUACUGAAGAAGAACCUAAAAAACCUGCAGCUAAAGAUCCUCAAGAACCUGAAAAGCCAAAACAAGAUGAAACUCCAAAACAAGGAAAAAAUCCUGAUGGUGAAGAUGAAAGCAUAGGUGGUAAAAUUAUAGAUGUUAUCACCAAACCAUUUAGACCAAAGGAUUCUUUAACAGCUGAAACAAAUGAUAAUAUAGAAAAUCCCAAACCUAUAUAUACUUGGACUAUUAAUGCUCCCAAUAAUUAGUAUAAUUAGUGUAUUUUUAUCUGUUGAUUCUUUAAAAAAAAAAAGACAUUUUUUGUUUUAAUAAUAAUAACUCUAAUAUAAUAAUCAAUUUCUUUUUCUUUUUUUGUAUCAUUAAAAAAAAAUUU